AUGGCCGCCGAAGUCCAACUGCUGCAGCCCCUGAAGUUGCCAAAGGGCCCUACUACCCUCACGUCGGAGCAAAAAUACUGGAACUCCUUCGCUUCGGAGCUCAGACUCGACCCUUCGCAGCAUUCCUCGCCCGUAACACACAUUUCAAUACCGCCGCCCCAGCCCGCAAAUGCGCUUUCGGCAACCCAGGAUCUGUUUGCAGUGACGACUGGAUCGCGCGUUCAAAUUUUCUCCUCCAAGACCCGAAAAGUCGUCAAGACCAUCUCGCGCUUCGGCGUCGACGACAUUGCGCACUCGGGAAACAUUCGCCGUGAUGGCAGGAUCCUGGUGGCGGGAGGAGACAGUGGUGUCAUUCAGGCGUUUGAUGUCAAGAGCAGGGCGAUUCUGAAGACAUGGAAGGAGCACAAGCAGCCUGUUUGGGUUACACAGUGGAAUCCACAAGAUUUGACUGGGCUGAUGAGUUGUUCCGACGAUCGCACAGUACGCUUGUGGGAUCUGCCAAGCGAGAAGAGCACGAUGAAGUUUGAUGGCCAUCAGGACUAUGUGCGUAGCGGAACUUUUAUGCCCGCGCAAAGUGGACUGCUCGUCUCUGGAAGUUACGACCAGACAGUUAGAUUGUGGGAUUCGCGAGUAGGCGGAAAAGCAGUCAUGGUUUUCAAGCACGCAGCGCCUAUUGAGACUGUUCUCCCCAUGCCUUCUGGCACCGCCGUUCUCGCGGCGUCUGACAACACGAUCAGCGUCCUGGACAUUGUAGCGGCAAAGCCCAUCCACAUGCUGCGCAAUCACCAGAAGACUGUCACGGCACUCUCUUUGGCAAACAAUGGAGAGCGUCUGCUCUCUGGUGCGCUCGACGGGCACGUCAAGGUUUUCGAAACCACUGGCUGGAACGUCGUGGGUGGACUAAAGUACCCCUCACCCAUCCUCUCGCUCAAUGUCAUCCCCAGCCAAAAGGAAGAUCGCCAUAUCGCCGUGGGCAUGCAAUCUGGUCUCCUGUCAAUCAAGACCCAUCUUUCCGGCGAGCAAAAGGUCCAAGCGCGCGAAAGAGAAAAGGAGAUGCAAGCCCUCAUGGAAGGCAAAAUCGAAGAGUAUGACCGCAGCAAAAAGCGAAAGCGCGGAAAAGGUUGGGAAAAACGCAUCAGAGGCAAAGACUUUACCGGCGAAAGCGCCGAUAUCGUCAUCGAAGGCAAUGCCCGCGGCAAAAUCACAAACGGCCAGCCAUGGGCGCAUGCCCUGCGAAAGGGAAUGUACGCACAAGCUCUAGAUAUGGCUCUUGAAUCAAAGCAAGGCAACGCCCGCAUGGCCUCGAUAACCCUCCUGACCGCCCUGCGCCACCGCUCCGCUCUCCGCAUCGCCCUCAGCAACCGCGACUCACAGUCCCUCCAGCCCAUCCUCCGCUGGUGCAUCAAGAAUAUCUCAGACUACCGUAUCACGCGCCUCACCACCGAUGUCGCACUCGUCGUCCUCGACCUCUAUGCCGAUCAGCUGGGCAGGAGCGAGGAGGUGGAUGAUCUUGUUCUCGCGCUUAUGCAGCGUGUUAAGGUUACAGUGGAGGCGAGUCAGGAUGCAUGGAAGGUUAGGGGCAUGUUGGAUAUGCUUGUUAGUAGUGUGGGUGGGGUGGAGGCGGAAGCUUGA